AUGGCAGCCGCAGCACCUGAAUGGCUAACCUCGGAGUAUCUAGAGGCUGCUCUGCGUCAGCAUUAUCAAAAAUCCCACCUUAAACUAGAAUCUAUUGAGCUAAAGAAUGCCUUGGGCAAGGGUGAAAAUUAUGGUGCCAUACUAACGCGUAUAUGUGUCAAGUACACCAUUGAUCAGGACAUAAAAGUGGAGAACCUAAUAGCCAAGACCCAGCUGGAGGAUGAAGAUGUAGAGACCCGGGAGAAGAAGGCCCCCUACGACACCUACAAUCGGGAGUUGGAGCUAUACGAGCAGGUGUUACCUCAACUACAAAACAUAGCAGGCGAACCGCUCUGUCCUAGAGUCCUGCAUAUCGAUCGAAAGCGAGGAGCUCUCCUGAUGGAGGACUUAAGUCACAGAGGAUAUGUGAUGGCUCCUCGCCUCCAGAGACUAGAUGAGCAGCAUGUGGUGCUGGUGCUCAGAAAACUGGCUAAAUUGCAGGCUGCUUCUGUCGUUCUCAAUGAGAGUUUAUGGGGAACUUCCCAAUCUCUAACAAAAUACGACCGGGGUUUCUUCAAUCGCUACACGGAGAGCUAUAGCGCCUAUUUCCUGGGAUGCUUGAAGAGCUGUGCAAAUUAUCUAAAAACUCAGCCUGGUCAUCAGGGCCACGCCCAACGACUUGAGGAGCUGGCACCUCACUAUAUGGGCCUAGGACUGCGCUGCUUUCAGCCCGAGGUGGGUCACAUUAAUGUCUUGACCCACGGUGAUUUGUGGACAAACAACAUGAUGUUCAAGUACGAGGCGGGCGUGCCAUGCGAUGUCCUACUGAUUGACUUCCAGUAUGCCUUCUGGGGCUCGCCCACGCUAGACAUCCAUCAUCUGCUCAACACAUCCGCCGUGGAGCUGGUCCGUACUGGUCUUCAAAUUGAGAUGCGGUGUAUCUACCAUGAAGUGUUUGUCCGGGAGCUGGGGAGGCUGGGCUUCAAGGGUCAAAGGUUGCCCAGCCGCAAGCAGUUUCACCUGGAGUCGGAGCAGAAGCGUUUCUAUGCUGUUCACUGUGGUCUGCUCCUGCAACCAGUGCUCCUGAAUACCGAUGAAACAGAUGCGGAUUUUGGGGCCCUACUCUCGGAUCAGCCUCGGGGAAUGGAUAUGAAGAGGCGGCUGUAUCUGAACCCCGACAUACAGGACUCCAUCAGGCAGCUGGUGGGGGAAUUCGAGCUCGAGGGACUCUUGGAUCCGCGGCAAUACGAAGGCUUCGUAUUUGAUGCUUUUUCAUAAACUCCCCGCAUUAGACCAUUCAAUUAGACAGGCUAAUAAACAUAAAACAUGGCAGCCCCAACCAUUUUAAAGUCAGA